AUGAAUUUUAUGUCAAUCAUACCCUAUGCUAUAAAUAGUUUUUUAAACGACCCGUCGUGCCAUGGAACCUUAGCAACAAUCAAAGGUCUACGGCAAGGAAUUGUUUACGGAGCUAAAGUACGUUUUGCUCAUUCAGUUGUUCAAGCAUUCCUAUUUCGAAAUGAACCAUGGCCACAACGGAUCCGUUUUAUUAUUCGUAUGACCUAUUUACAUGGAAAAAAUUUAGGUUUAUUUGUAUUUUGCUAUAAAUCUCUUCGAACAAUUGUUGCUUCUAUAUUCGGCAUAUCAAAACCAUUACGAGCAUUUAUUUGUGCAUUCGUUGUUGGCUAUUUUGUUUUCAAUAGUCAUAAUAGUAUUAAUGAACAAAUUAUACUUUAUCUUCUUUCACGUAUAACAGUUGGUCUUGCACGUUAUGCACUAAAGCGUUCCUGGUUGCCAAAAACUGAACGGCCAGUAUUUCCAUGGUUGGCUGCAUUCGUUUGGGGGGUUGUUCUUUGGCUAUUUGAAUGUCAUCGAGAAACAUUGCAGCCUUCAUUGACGCGCUCCAUGGUUUAUCUAUAUGAAAAUUCGGAUCGAUGGUCAUCAUGGAGAAAUUUUCUUAUUCGAUCCUAA